CCAGGGAGGGCGGGGAGAGCUCCCCGCGGCGUUCCGCGGUCGCCCUGGCAGCGGCGGUUGGCGGCCGUGCCGCCAUGAGCCAGCAGCGCCCGCCGCAGCCGCUCUACUUCCCUUCCCUAUACGACCGCGCUGCGCCCAGCGCCCCCGCAGCCGACUGCGGCCUGUGGGGCAAGCUCUUUGUACCCCUGCGCAGGGCCGCCGCUCGCGGGCCCCCGCGGGCCCCGCCCGGCCUGGGAGGAGCGCCCCCGCCGGCAGCCGCGCGCAGCGGGGGCGCGGGGCCGCAGUGGCCGGCCGGGCUAGCGCCGCUGCCUUACGAGCCGCUUCGCUUCUUCUGCCCCGCGGCCCGGGAACGGGAGGGGGUGCCGACCCCGCAGCCCGACGGUGACACGUGCGAGCUGGGCAUCCGCCUCAAGGAGCUGGAGCUACUGGCGCUCACCGGCGACGCCACCGCCUCGCCCUCGUAUAUGCUUCUGAAAGCAAUAAAAGAGGAAAAGAUGCAAGGCAUAAAGACAAGGCAGAAUCUGAAGAAACAGACAUCUACAUCAUGAGAAUUAUUACCAAUGUUUCAUCGUUAUGUGACUUCACAGCAUUAAUGGAGUCUCCCCCAUUAUAUCUUAUUUUAUCGACUAUCUGCUGUUCUAUUAUAGUGCCAAGUCAGAUAUUUAGAAUAGUAUCUUGGCUUUUAUUAUUUUAUUUGUCCAGUGCUACCAAUCUGAAAUACAUGUAUUUUAAACUAUU